AUGGCGGAAGAGGUGAUUUGGAGGCAAACAUCCGAGGUCACUUUGGACAAGUAUUGCAGGUGUGGUAAGAAGACGGUGAUGAUCACAUCUUGGACGGACAACAACCCGGGAAGGCGGUUUGCGACCAGCAAACGAAAUGGCUGCAAAUAUUAUGUUUGGAUCGACCCUCCAAUGUGCACAAGAGCUCAAAAAAUCAUUCCAGGGCUUAAGAGACGUCUUGACGAGGCUGAAGCCGAGUUGGCAAGCAAGAGAAAACGGGCAAGAAAAAUGUGGUUUGCUCUUGUUGCUUCUUGGAUCAUUCUGUAUUUUUUUUCUGAGAAAAUGAAGUAG